AUGACCCUUGCCAAAGGGGGACAGCACCUCAAAGUAGACCCAACUGGCUCAAAUACUCUUGGAUAUAGUUGUCCAUCAGUAUCUGUGGAGGUUAAUUCCACAACUAGUUUGUCAGGUCCCUCUGUCCACAAUAGCUUUAAAUCAGCUGUUAGACGCCAAGCAGAGACAGAGAACUUACAGAAAACUGCAGACUCCACAGACUCACGCCCUAACUCCGCCUCCCCAAGGGGAGGAGGGAAACGGGUGCGUGCACGCACAGGGAUGCCAUCCCUGGGCACAGUGGCACGCACAGGGAUGCCAUCCCCUGGGCACAGUGGGAACGCACAGGGAUGCCUCCCCUGGGCACAGUGGGAACGCACAGGGAUGCCAUCCCUGGCGCAAGUGGGGACGCCUGCCAUAGUUAUACAGUCCAUAGAGUGGGCCUGGCACACAUCCAAAGCCGCUAGCCAUACACAGUGGCAACUGCACCUGCUGCCAUUCCAAAAAAGUGAUGAGGAAAAUAAACUCACACAGGCUGCACAGACGCGUGCUCUUGCAGACCAAUUUGAAGACAAAACCACAUCUGUAGUGGAACGCCUGAAGAUUUUCUAUUGCUGUCAAGUACCACCUCACUGGGCCAUUCAGCGCCAGCUGGCAAGUUUGCUUUUUGAGUUGGGAUGUACCAGUUCAGCCCUUCAGAUAUUUGAGAAGCUAGAGAUGUGGGAAGACGUGGUCAUUUGUUAUGAGCGGGCCGGGCAGCAUGGGAAGGCAGAAGAAAUCCUUAGACAAGAACUGGAGAAAAAAGAAACGCCAAGUUUAUACUGCUUGCUUGGAGAUGUCCUUCAAGACCACUCCUGCUAUGACAAGGCCUGGGAGCUGUCCCGGCACCGCAGUGCUCGGUCCCAGCGCUCCAAAGCCCUCCUUCAUCUUCGAAACAAGGAGUUUCAGGAAUGUGUGGAGUGCUUUGAACGCUCGGUGAAGAUUAAUCCCAUGCAGCUGGGGGUGUGGUUUUCUCUGGGCUGUGCCUACUUAGCCUUAGAAGACUACAGAGGCUCAGCAAAGGCCUUUCAGCGUUGUGUGACCUUGGAACCUGAUAAUGCUGAGGCUUGGAAUAAUUUAUCAACUUCCUAUAUCCGAUUAAAGCAAAAAGUAAAAGCUUUUAGAACUUUACAAGAAGCUCUCAAGUGUAACUAUGAACACUGGCAGAUCUGGGAAAAUUAUAUCCUCACCAGUACUGAUGUCGGGGAAUUUUCAGAAGCCAUAAAAGCUUAUCACCGGCUCUUGGACUUAAGAGACAAAUACAAAGAUGUUCAGGUCCUUACAAUUCUGGUCAGAGCAGUGGUUAAUGAGAUGACUGAUCGAAGUGGAGAUGUCGUCUCUGGCCUCAGAGAAAAGCUGCAGGAGUUAUUUGGCAGAGUAACUUCAAGAGUGACCAACGAUGGAGAAAUCUGGAGGCUGUAUGCCCAGGUAUAUGGAAAUGGACAGAGUGAAAAGCCUGAUGAGAAUGAAAAGGCAUUCCAGUAUCUCUCGAAGGCAUACAAGUGUGACACACAGUCCAGUUGUUGGGAGAAGGAUAUUACAUCAUUUAAGAAAGUCAUUCAAAGAGCCUUAGGACUUGCACAUGAUACCAGUGCUCAAUCCUUACCCCUUGUUGGUUUGCUGAUGAUUAGCAGCGGGGCCUUCUGCCAGGGUGACUAUGCCCCUUCUCGAUUUGAAGUUAGGAGUAUGAGCUCCCAGAAUGCUGGCGGCAUAGUGCUCUGUGGUGCGCGCUGUCCUCCCUUUCUUACACCAAGUGCAGCUCAGGAACCUGGGAGCGUGGUUAUGGCCACAGUCCCCAAAUGA